UGAUUUUAAAAACAUCGAAAUUUUUAACAUUUUUCUAUUAAAUCGCCAAUAUUAAACAAUGGCGCAUUCUGAGUGCGCCUUCAGUGAUACGGGCGAUAUUACAACAAACAAAGAAGCCAUACAAGGGCUUUGUCUAUCAAUGUGUCCACAGGAAGAAGUGGACAUGCGUGUGAGGGAGUCGAUGGUGCACGCGCUGGAGGCGGGCGGGCGGCUGGUGAAGCGCUACGGGCGCUCGGCGGCAGACCGCGACAUGGCGCGGCCGCGGCUGCUGCGCCCCUUCCCCGCGCUCCGCGACACUGUGGAGUACCUGCUGCUUGAAGUGACAUUUCGCACAGAUGUCCCAUUGGCUGUGGUGUAUGACUUUGUGAAUGACCGGCUGAGAGCAGUGAGACAGGACAUGAUCAUACAGCGCCUUCCACCACGAGAAUGUCAGGUCUUACUAGAGCCCAUGGUGCGGUUUUAUGUGUAUUUUGGAUACAGGCUUUGCGAACAUCCAAUGAGAGUGUAUGACCCUGUGCUAAACAAAAAAUACCUUCUAGAAUGUCUGCAGCUGAUUCUGAACUGCUAUGAUGAAAUCUAUGAUGAAGAGUUAGCAGCUGAUGUAUCAGAAUUAGGAAAUCAUGGAUCACUUGAUAAAAAAGUAACAAACGAAGAAGUUGACCAACUGGCUGCCACUAUAUGUGGAUUAGAGUUGAAAGAUCAAAGCAAAACAUCAGAAUAUACUAAACUAAGUUGUGACCGAGUCCUCAUGGAGAGUCUCUACAUUUUGUGCAACCUGGGGGACACGAACCCCUUGAUGAGAUAUCACCAGUUGCCUAAAGACUUACGGAGUCAUCGGACCUUGGCGCUGGCUUACGAAGUGGCCGUGGAGAAUAUGAGGGGCAACUAUGUCGCAGUUGUCAAACUGUCGACGAAAAUGUGCCCUCUCACUUUUUGCGCUUACAGCACAUAUCUGCCAGUGCUUCAGAAAAAAGCUCUGCUGGUCCUGAGCCACGCCUACAACAGCACGCAGCUGUCGGUGCCGUGCCAGGCGGUCCGCAAGUGGCUGUCGUACAACAGCGAUGCAGAUGUUUUAGAGGCAGUCAAGCAUUACGGCCUCAAAGUUACAGGAGAUAGCAUUCACUUCAGGAAAGCUGACUUCAAUAAAGAGGCUGCGGUUCUAAUAAAGAAAAACUUACAGAAAAAGAUGGAUUUAUCAAUUGUACGGCAUGUGUUCUCCUAUGAGACUACGAGUGUAUAAUGUGUACAAGAGAAUUUACCUUUCUAUACUUAAAUAUUAAUUAAUUAGCAAUAACUCAGAUCUCAUUUCGUUUAUAGUUAUUUAUAUUUUAUGUGUAUUUUAUAAUAGGUAUAAUGGACAUAAAAUAAAACAGUAGUUAUUAUAAAGGAA